AUGGAGCGGACGAGGAUGAACGAUAGGCAGCGGAACAGCACAGGGUCGCCGAGAGCGCCUGCGUCCCCGACGACGUCUCCAAUGAACCGCCAUGCUCAGACAGGUUCCGCUGCGGCGUUCAAUAUGCGGAGAGGGCCGAACAAUGCGGCCAAAGCUGCCGCUCAGAGGCUGGCACAGGUCAUGGCAAACUCAACCGACGAGGAUGACGAGGAGGACGACCUUGCUCUUGAUUAUGCUGCGAUUAGUGGCAGUGGAAGCAUUGGACUUGGAGGCACCGGAAGAGCAACGCCUGCGCGUGCUUCCAUGGCUGUUCGGCCUAUUCAAGAACAACCGACAUCUACAAGAACGCGCGUCCCAGUGUCAUUUCGGUCUGCUCAGAAUAACAAUGAACAAAAUCCAGUUGCUGCAAGACCACGGUCCCCAGUGACGGUCCGUACCACUGCGGCUCAAGAACAGCAACCUCCAUCUGCAAAAGCCAUAUCAGGCGGUCGAUCAUCUUUCUCAGCUGUGAAUAGUAGUGUUGAGCAACCGUUACCUCCGAUAGCCACAUCGGUGCGAUCAGCCAUUCCUGGCCAUAUGGCCGAGCAAGCAGGCACUACUCAAACAGUACCAGGGAACCGAACUCUGGAAUUGUCUCCCUCUGCUCGUACGAUAAUAGUCACUCGGUCACCGCAACUCGGUACGUCGAAUGAUCAAUCGCCGUCUGCUCGUGCUGCCUCCGCCCGUCCUAACCUGGGACCUAAGGCUUCUUCCGUUAUACCUACGACACUCAGACAAACGGCUUCGGGUAUUCCUUCAGAGGCCGCUCAGGAAAUUAAAAGAGACAAGAGAUUGUCACUGGAUCUCGGGAGCAUGAACUUGAGAGACGGUGCGACCAAUCGACGCCCUUCUUCUUCUACUGCUCUUGAGGAUGAGCUUGAUAUGCUACAAGAAGAAAAUGAAAGUUUGCUUGAAAAGCUUCGACUUGCUGAGGAGAGGUGUGAGGAAGUUGAAUCAAGAGCUCGGCAGUUAGAGCAACAGAUUGCUAAUUUGGGAGAUAAUCUUGGAGAGGGUGUAAGUUUAGAGGCCCGCCUAUUAAGCAGGCAAGAGGCAGCGCUGCAGCAAAGAGAGGCUGCUCUGAGAGUUGCGGCACAAGCUCAGGGAGGUACAGCUCCGGACGUUGCGGCCCUUCGGGCGGAAGCUGAGAUUGCGAGGGAGGAGGCAACAUCCGCACUAGAACAGCUACAAGAAACCGAGAGUGAAUUAAAAUCAAUCCGCCUUUUGACUCAACGAAUGAUACUUACCCCGGAAGAAAUGGAGGAAGUUAUUUUAAAGAGGUGCUGGCUUGCUCGUUAUUGGGGUUUAUGUGUACGCCAUGGUGUUUAUGGCGACAUUGCUGAAGCAAGAUUCAAAUUCUGGUCUUCAUUUGCCCCGGAUCCUAUUGAAGUGGUAUUAGCCGCUGGACAGAAAGCUAAAAUGGAGCCAGACAAUGAUCUAGAGGUAAAAGAUAAUCCCCGCGACCUGAAUGAACUAUCUGGAGAGGGAAAUAUUGAGAAUAUGCUUUUUGUAGAGCAAGGUUUGCGGGAAUUGGCAUCAUUGAGAGUAGAAGAAGCAUUGGGAUUUAUGAUGGCGCAGCAUAGGCGACCAAAUUUACUGAAAUCUGGCUUUUCAGAUGUCGCAAAGCUACCAAUUGAAGGGCAUUUUGAUGCAUAUGAACUUGGGCAAGACGAGGCUGAAGACGUGUCUUUUAAGCAGGCUUGGCUCACAUACAUUUGGAGGAGAGCUAAAAAGCAUGGGAUAGAACCGGACAUAGCAGAUGAGCGUUUGCAGUACUGGAUUGAUAACAAGGCGAAUACUUCACAUGAUGCAGUCAAUGUUGAACGUGGCCUGGCAGAGCUCAAGAGGCUGGGCAUUGAAACUCAGUUGUGGGAAGAAUCUCGCAAGGAGCUGGAAGAAAUCAUUGACGGUUCCAAGAGAUUAAGCCGCUCUGACUUCUGAUUUAUAUUGUCAAAUUGACUGGCCGUUGCUUAG